UGGUUAAAACGACAAUAAAGCUGUCUCUGCUGUGAGCAAUUUAUACUGACCAUAAAUUAAUGCCAUCUGCGCUGCAGCUCGGUUGAUUUUUUUUUUUUUUUUUCUUUCCAAAAUGGAGGAAGAGGACACGCUGCGGUCUCUAAUGUUCCUGAUGACCUACUUGCUAAUGAAGCGCAGAAGAGACAUAAACAACGCCAACAUUCAGAGACGCAAUGAGAUUCAAAGGCGUAUCCGUCACCGGCAGUACUUCUUCCAGAGACAGAGGAGGAUGCUCAUGAUGAUGAUAGCUGGAGGUAUUCGUUCCAACAUUCGCAUCCGAACCCGGCCCUGGACCAACACCCCGAGCACUGAUUGGUGGGAGCGUGUGGUGAUGACAGAAUUCCAGCCGUCUGAUUGGCUGGACAAAUUCCGAAUGAGCCGGGAGACGUUUUUCUACCUCUGUGACAAACUGAGGCCCCGUCUUGCUCGCCAAGACACCAGCUUCCGCCUGGCCCUGCCGGUGGAGAAGCGUGUCGCUGUGGCUCUGUGGCGUCUGGCGUCAAACAUAGAGUACCGGACCAUCAGCAGCCUUUUUGGCGUGGGCAAGUCCACUGUAUGUCGGUGUGUUCGAGACAUGUGUCACGCCAUUGUGGCUCUACUUAGGCCGGUCUAUCUGCGAUCACCCGACGACCAGGAACUGGAGGACUCAGCCGAACUCUUCCUGUCCCAGUGGGGUUUCCCUCACUGUGUUGCAGCUGUGACGACGCUCCACACAGCCAUCAUCACCCCAUCUGCUAACGCCUCUGACUACGCCAACUGUGAUGGCUGGCUCUCAGUGCUCUCCCAGGUGGUUGUUAAUGGCCGCGGGCAAUUCUGGGAUGUCUGUGCUAGUUUCCCAGGUGGGACAGACCCAGCCGACAUCCUACAGAACUCAACACUGUGGGCCACAGCCUCAGAGGGUGGGCUGUCACCUGACCCACCCCCUAUCUUCAUGGGACAACCACUGAGGUAUGUGCUGCUGGGGGAGGCCUGUUACCCGCUGCAGAGCUGGUUGAUGAAGGCCUUUCCUGAGGAAAAGCGGGGGAAAACAGUGACAGAGCCACUGCGGGUCUUCAACCGGCGGCUCAGAAGGGCACUGCAUGUAGCCGAGGAGGCGCUCCUGAGGCUGCGGGCACGGUGGCAGUGUCUGAGCAAGAGGAACGACUGCGGACUGGAUGUAGUGCCCACCAUGAUUCUGGCUUGUUGCAUUCUGCAUAAUGUGUGCGAGUCCCACGGGGAUGUUUUCAAGGCAGAGUGGCAGGAGGAGGUGGCCGAGGCUGAGAGCCCUCAGCCCAGCCAUAAGCAGUUCCUCUCACCCAGCACGGACCAGACCCAGGCAGAGGAAGUCAGGCGACUCUACUGUGACUACUUUGAGCAGCAGGACUGAGGAAUUUUCUCUCAGACCAGGACUGAAGUUACAGAAAUUCUUGUAAAGUUUUUUGUAAGAUUGUUGUAUUAUAUCUUUCUAUUUAUUAUUACUCUGCACUGUUGUUUCAUGACAUUUGUACAUUUUUAUGUUGCGCGUCAUUGUGUUUUGCAUAAACAUUGUAAAUUUGACUUGA